UAUGUGAUUGCACAUAUAAACACAGAGGAGCCCAGUCGACACGUGACUUCUGAGGAUUUGGGAGGAAGGCCAGAUGAACAACAGGAUCCACAAGUCAAAGAAGUGGUAGAACAGCUGCGCAAGAUAGCCGACAGUUUAAACCGCAAUGCUGAGCUUCAGAGACUGAUAAACCAGGUUCAGGGGAACUGCGUUCAAGAUGUCUUCAUGGCAGUUGCAAGAAACAUCUUUGCUGAUGGCAUCAACUGGGGUCGAGUAGUGGCUCUCUUCCAUCUGGCCUGUAAACUUAUACACAAGGCUAUUACCGCCAAUCACUUAGAGAACAUCCAAAUGAUCAUCAGCUGGGUCCUCCAGGUCAUCAGGGAGCAGGUCUACAGCUGGCUUGUGGCACAAGGGGGCUGGGAGGGGGUGAUCCGUGGUUUCUCUCGAUGGAGGACAGCAGCCAUGGUAGCAUCAGUAGUAUUGGUGGUAGCCUUUGUUUACUACCGGAAAGUACGAUAAAAACAUCGGACCUCACAACCAAGACUGCAGUGCCUUCAUCUGGAUACAGACGGCUUGUUAGGAAAUCAGUCACUCCUCAGCCUCCAUCUCAUUAACAAGAGGAGGUAAAGUACUGUGCUUACAGGGACGGAUCUUCUCUUUUCUCAGGUUUCAAAGAACAAAAGCGCUUUUGCUGCCAGAUGUCCAGUGAGCAUCUCAGCCUUUCUUCACUAGCAGGUGAUCAGUGGCUGCCAUGAAUUUCUGAGCUGCUGUAGCUAACACUGGAGGCUCUCAGCUGUCAGCCGAUGCUGUUGUUGCUCCCGAUCUUACCUGAACCACACCUGAGGGAGUUUACAACAACAUAAUUAUCUUAAUUAAGCCAACUGAAUGUGCCAUAGUUUCACCGUAGCUGGUGUCUGAAAUUUGAAUUAUGUUGUAUUCUGUCUCAGACAGUCUUGUCUCUUUAAAGUCUUUUUAUAUACUUGUUUAGGUUUCUAGUAUCAAAGGACGUCAAAUCACACUGUAAAAAAAUGCUAAUGUUCCUUUUAUGGAUUUUAAAAACUGGACAAGAAUCCUCAAAGUGAGUUUUCUGAAAGACUUCUUCACUGAACUGUUUCAACAAAUAAUUUGAAAUUACAAAGGGGAAAAUGUGUUGGUUAAAUAAGCUUUUAUCAAGAAAACAAUGUUUUAACAAAGUGCAAUGGUUUGGAAUAAAUGUAAACCCUAUUUAAUUAAAACUGUAAAAAGAAA